AUGAACUUCUCCGAAUUCAUCCAGACUGCCCUGCUGCUGGCAAUCUCGGUCCCCGCUCAGGCAUGGAACCGCCUUGACAAAGAGAACGCAGCUCUCCUGGUCAACGAUCACCAAGUUGGUCUGGCCCAGCUCGUUCGUGACUUUGGCACCAACGACUUCCGCAACAACAUGCUUGCGCACUCUGCUAUUGGCAACAUCUUUGAUCUGCCAACCAUCCUGACCUCAUCCUCCGAUGGGGGUCCAAACGGCCUUCUGUUGAAGGAGAUCACCGAGAUGCACCCCAAUGCUACCUUUAUCCGCCGCCAGGGUGAGGUCAAUGCCUGGGACAACGCUGACUUCCGCAAGGCCGUCAAGGCCCUUGGUAAGAAGCAAUUGAUCAUCGGUGGUAUUGUGACUGAAGUUUGUACCGCCUUCCUGGCCCUGUCGCUCAUUGACGAAGGCUACGAGGUCUUCGCCAACACCGACGCCAGUGGAACUUUCGACGUCAAGCUCGCCGAGGAUGCCAAUCGCCGCAUGGAGAAGGCCGGUGUCACGCUAAUGGGCUUUUUCGCUAUUGUCUGUGAUCUCAUGCGUGACUGGCGCGCUACGCCCGGUCUCACCGAGAUUCUCCCUGUUAUUGAUCAGUAUCAAUUCGCCUACGGCAUGGCUGCUCGUCAUCACGCGGGUGCCAUUUUGAACGGCACCAUUGCCGAAGUCGAGAAGACUUUGAUCUAA